UCUCUCUCUCUCUCUCUCUCUCUCUCUCUCUCUCUCUCUCUCUGUCUGUCUGUGGGAGGAUGUGAACAUCCUGAAGUUUGGACUAGAAGAGACUCAGCAGCACAGAGCUCAGAUCAUCAGCUUCAGUCUGUGUACUGGUGUGAUGCAGGUGAGGUCCUGAUGGACUCCGACUGGACCUCCCCAGGUGUCGCUCCUGGACUUCUUCACAUCAAGCUCCUCACACUGGUGCUGAUGCUGAGCUUCAGUCUGCUGUGUGGAUUCAGUCCUGUGUGUGUCAUGAGACGAGCGACACGCUUCAGCUCAGACCCAGGCUCUCGGCAGAGGAUCUUGAGUCUGGCGUCGUGUUUGGCCUGCGGGGUUUUUCUGGCUUCGUGUUUGCUGGAGCUUCUUCCAGACUUCCUGAACAACACGAGAGACACCUUCAGCCGUCUGCACAUCACCCUUCACUAUCCUCUGGCCGAGUUCGUCCUGGCCAUGGGCUUCCUGCUGGUGUUUGUGGUGGAGCAGAUGCUGCUGGCGUUCAGAGAGCAGACGUGUGACGUGUCUCUGGAGAAGCAGGCGCUGGUGGACUGUGAGGAGCGCUCCAGAAGGAGUGUGUCCAGGUGUGCUGUGGAUGAGGGUCUGCGUGUGUUCCUGCUGCUCUUCUGUGUGUGUGUGCGAGCGUUCCUGGAGGGUGUGAGCGUGGGCAGCCAGCGCCAGCCGCUGCUGGAGACCUGUGUGGCGCUGAUGCUGUACGAGGCCCUCGUGGCCUUCAGUCUGGCCGUGCAUCUGACCCAUCACGCUCUCCGCCGGACGCUGGUGGCCGGCGCUCUGCUGCUGUUCUCCGUCUCGUGUCCGGCUGGGAUCGGGGCUGGGCUGGCGCUGGACGGGCUGACCGUCGGUCCUCAGGUCCAGCUGCUGCGCUGCGCUGUGGAGGGUCUGACGGCUGGGAUCUUCAUCAACGUGUGUGUGCUGGAGUCCGUGUGGCAGGAGUCCGGCUCCCCGAAGCAUCGCAUCCAUAAAGUGGCUUUCCUCCUCACCGGCUUCGCUCUGGUCACUGCCGUCCUGUUCAGCAAAGUCUGAAAUCUGAGAUUAUGCACCAAAAAAAUGCGGUUUCUUUUUGCAACUGAUUCAUCGUAGGCCUGAUUACUCUCCGUUCACGAGUCCACAAAUAAUGCUUUUCCAUUCAAAAAGUGAGGUGCAUGAGCUCAGAGGCCUGGAAUAAUUAUACACACAACAAGUGGAUGGAAACAUAGCAAAAAAUAGCAUAAUUAGAGAUUUAGAAUUCAAAUUUUAAAAAGCUGAUCAUUUUUGAUGGGGUUAAGAGAGAAUGAAGAAAAAAUAAACAAGGAAUGAAUUGAAAGGAACAUGAAAUAAUAAAUGUAAACGUCUAUGAGCAGCUCUUUCAAAAAUAUAUCUUCCAGUACAUACACGUACAUAGAACAUUAUAAACUAAAUAAAUAGUAACUUUAACUGCAUCUUCUGAACACUGAAAAAUAAUAAUAAUUUAAUUAUGAUUGCAUUUUCUGCCAUGUGUUCAUUAAUCAAUCAUUUAUCAGUUUGACUUCUGCUUUUCUUUUUGUUUUGAUUCUUGAAAAGUAAUCAGAAAGCAUACUAACAGACUCCGCAUGAGUAUAAUAUACUAGUAGCAAUGUUUGUCAUUUUCUGCUGUUUAAGUUUGAAUAUCAUUCAUGCAGUUGGAUUUUAUAUUAAUAUAUAUUCUUUGAAGUGCUUCAGUAUUUGACAGUUACAAUCUGAAUUGCAUUGGUUCUGUAUCCUGAUCUUGCAGCAGUCACACACACACACAGGUCUGUAUUAUCAGAGAAACAUUGGUCAUGAGAACAGUUUAAAUGUUUGUUAUGUUCACAGCUAAAGUGUUUAUGGCAGUAUUUGACCAUAAUAAAUGACUGAUGGUGUUCCUCACUG